AUGCUGGCCUCCAGUCGCGGAACGGCGGCAUUGAGGCGGGCGUUUGCCGCCUCGCCGGCCACGACGAUACCAGCAGCAUUCCUCGCGCCAGCAGCAGCUCUGCAACAACAGCAGCCUCGCCAAUUCUCCUCGACACCAACACGAAACUCCAAGCUCGGGCGGACACCGGUCUCGAUCCCGCCCGGCGUCAAGCUUGCCAUUAGCGAGCCGAAGCUGAAGAAGGAUCCGACGAGUUAUCUGAAGAUUUACAAGAGAACGGUCACCGUUACGGGACCUCUGGGUGAAUUGGACCUCGAGAUUCCGCCUUUUCUGAAGAUCGAUUACGAUGUCGAGGGUAGCACGGCGGUUCUGAGCGUGGAGGACUCGAAUAUCAAGGAGCAGAGCGAGAUGUGGGGCACGACAUGGGCCUACCUCCAACGCUACAUAAUGGGCGUAUCCGAAGGCCACACAGCCAUCCUCCGCCUGGUGGGCAUCGGCUACCGCGCCUCCGUCGAGCAGCGAGGCCGCCUCGAAGAGUUCCCCGGCCAAAAGUUCCUCUGCCUGAAGCUCGGCUUCACGCACCCGGUCGAGAUGGGGAUCCCGCGCGGCGUCAAAGUCACGGCGGCGAGCCCGACGCGUAUCUUGUUGGAGAGCAUUGACCGCGAGGAGAUGAUGAGCUUCGCUGGGCGGGUGCGCAAGUGGAGGCCGCCGGAACCGUAUAAGGGCAAGGGCGUGUUUAUUGAUGAUCAGACGAUCAAGUUGAAGCAGAAGAAGAUCAAAUAG